UGUCCGAACCUCCAAAAUCCAAUCCCCAGCUUCAACAGCUCUUUGUCUUUUUACCUUCUUGAUCUUGUUUUGCAUUUUCCUGGUGAGAAUCAAUGGACACCCUGGAGAUUCUGCUACUGGGCGUCGUGGGUUUUGCUGUUCUGCUGUCUUUACUUGUGGAUUUGAAUCAGAGCAAAGUGAAAGGCAGUGACCCAUAUUUCUUGGAUUCAGGCAAGUGGGAAGAGAAGAUAAAAAUCCCCAAUUCUGGAAACCCUAAUCCGGCGGGCGAUGAGAUUAUCGACGAUUGGGAGGGAAUAGAGAGGAGUGAAUUGGAAAAGCUCUUUGGGGAAGCUGUGGUUUUCGCGAGCCACAAGAACAAUGAGGAUAAGAUUAAUGGAGACGUCAAGUUGCAGCUCUACGGCCUUCAGAAAAUUGCUCUUCAAGGCCCUUUAAGCCAUUCCUCGCAGCCGCCAUUGGCAUUGAAGCUUUCUGCUCGAGCAAAGUGGAGUGCUUGGCGAAAGCUGGGAGACAUGAGCCCAGAAAUGGCUAUGGAGAAAUAUGUCAACGUUUUGGCUGAGGCCAUUCCAUGCUGGAAGGCACAUGACUCAUUCGUGACUGGUUUGAAGGAGCAUUAUCCAUCGUUGUAAUGCAAGACAGUGGCUUGUUUUGAUUCUUUAUUAUUUGAAUUUGGAAUUGGGCUAUUAUAUUUUAUUAGCAUAUAGAAUAGUAGAUGUAUAUGGUCCUACUAUACCUCGUCAGCUAUUGAUAAGUUCGAAUAAUAUUUUAAUUUUGGAAUUUUGUAUUCACUUGAUUUAUUAUUAUUAUUAUUAUUUUUUCUUGAUUUGCAAUUUAUCUAGAAGAAUUAAUAAGCCACAUGGUAAUAAAUUAUCACUACAGAAUUCCCAAGCACGAGACUUGGAAAUUUUCUUAGGUAAAUUUAUCUUACUGGGCUGUACAAAGACGCCGCCUUUUUUAGGCUGUCGUUGAGAAAAACCCUUGGCUAUUUCUACAGCAAAACCUCAAUUUUUAUUUUAUUUUAUUUUAUUUUUAAUUAUAAUAGAAGUCAGUACGAACACAUAAAUCAUAUGUUGCUGUCUUGAAUUGUUGAUUGAUUUUGAAGAUACAUUUUUCCUGGGGUUUUAAUGGUCGUUGAAAUUACCUUACGCAAUCUCCAUUUCCAUCUGAGCAAUGGGAGUUGAGAUCGAAUCUGACAUUUGGGAACCAAACCCGGCACUGUACAUCUUCCUAUUCGUCUGCUGUUGCCUCUCAAUCUUUUAUCUGCCCGCGAGAGCAACCGCCUCCAAUGUCUUCGAUCACGCCUCGUCUGCUUCUUUUCUUCGAUUCCAGCGGAACUUUCUGGUCCUCUUCGCUCUCUCCUCAGUGCUGGAAGGGUCGCGGGCUGUGUUCGGAGAGUACGAAUUCGCCAUUUACAAAUUGACAAAAGAUCAAAUGGUGAACACUUUAUGCAUUGGGUAUGCAGCCUCAGUGCUUGCUGGGAGUUUUCUUGGAGUGGUUUCUGAUUUACUAGGUCAUAAAAAAGUGGUAUUGUUGUUUUGCAUUUUGCAUCUUUGCACAAGCGUAUGGAAGAUAGUUGUGGGUGCUCAGGUCAUUUGGUUAGGAACCAUCACUCUCUCUGUGGCCUCUUUGAUAUUCUCUUUCAGUUUCGAAGCAUUAAUGGUGGUAGAACACAACAAGCUCGGGCAGAGGCAGGAUUCGUUGAAUGAUAUGUUUUGGUUAAUGACUUUCUUCGAAUGCGCGUGUUUCGUGGGCAGCCAGGCGAUUGGGAAUUAUCUGAUCAAUGGUGAUGUGAACAAGAACAUAACUAAUAUAUGGAAGGAAUCUGUAGUCGUGGCUCUUUUGAUAAUCGUCCAUUUGAGUCGUAGCUGGAAGGAAAACCCGAAGAGUGCAAGUUUUAAGGAUUAUAGCGUUUUGUUUCGUAGACAUGUUGUUGGGGAUAAACGGGUAUGGUUGUUAUCGUGGGUACAAGCGUGCAUCCAUUUCUCCACUGCCGCGUUUUGGAUUCUUUGGGCGCCAACGAUAGUGGCUGACGGAAGAGAGGUGUCGUUGGGGCUGCUAUAUCCAUGUCUGCUUGGUUUCAAAAUGCUCGGCUGCACUGGAUUCCCGUGGAUGUCUCAUGGACCGUUGGCAACACGGAUAGAGGAGUAUUUGAUGUACGCCUUUGUUGUAAUUGGUGUUGCUUUAACUGUUGUCGCCUAUGACUAUCAGGAAAUUGAGUUUCUUCUGAUAAUUUUCUGCUUGCUUCAUGCUUGCAUUGGCUUGGUUCUUCCGUCGCUCGCCCGGCUUAGAAGCGUGUGUGUGCCGAAUGAAAUCCGUGGAGGAAUGAUGAGUUUGUCUCUUGUCCCUGCAAAUGCAGCCGUAUUCGUGAUGCUUCUCCUGAGAGGUUACUACCAGUGCAUCGGCAAUUCAACCAUCCUUGCGAUUGCAGCUCUUGGGCAAUUCUCGGCUGCCUGGUGCAUGUACACGAUGAAAAAAUGGGGGAAGCAACUCCACCUGAGUGAACACAGCUUGUGAGAAUUUGUUUCUUGGGAAGCUUUGCUUUACUUUACUCCAUAGAGGUAGUAAGCCUUCUACCUCGUCGCGAUCCUGAUUGUCUUAUCUGAGUUGAACUUGAUAGGGAUGACAUAGCGAUCUUUAGUUUUUAGUACAUACUGCCGGGAGAUGUUAACCUUGUUCGAUCAGUUGGUCCAGCAUCUAGGUUCUGAGCAAUUUUGGAAUUUGUAUACAGAAUUUUGCUUCAUUCUUGAGACGAGGGAAUUUGUACACACUGCAGAA